AUGAAGCUUGUCGAUGAAAGGUUUAUUUCGUAUGGAAAUUCCUCUCACGUCACAAAUUGGUGGAUGUUCAUCAGCUACUCAGCUUCAACGUCAGCAUUGGAUACAUCUGAUCAACAGGGCUCAAUAGAGCUGGUACCGAGCAGCGAGUCCCAAGACGUGUCGUCGGGUUCGAACAUCGUCGUGACGUGCAAACUGAGCGGCAGAGGCUUCACCUCGCAUCGGAUAUGGUGGACAGGUCCUAGUGACCAGCGAGUGCCCACCAGACUUAACAGCAACAAGAGGUAUUACGCCGAGGAGCCGCUGGACGGCACUGAGGUGUCGCUGAUACUGGAGGGCGUGGAGCAGCAGGACGCGGGGGCCUACACAUGCCACGCUACCAUCAACGGCCGCACCACCACACGCAGCUUCCUCCUACACGUCCACAAGACCGUAGAGUUCACCGGCACACCGCAGCACCAGACGCUGUCGGUCGGCGCCGCGUCGUCCCUGCGCUGCACGGCGCGCGGCGACCCGCCGCCCAGCGUCGCGUGGAGCGUCCGCGGCCGCAGACUGAACGCCGAUUCGGAUAAGUACGUGAGAGCGGGCCACAUUCUUCACGUGUACAACGUGACACGUUCAGAUGCUGGGAUCUACACGUGUCACUCGAGGCAGAUCUCACCUCGUAUGUCACACGUGGACUCGUUCAAGAUCAACGUAACGGUCCUGCAUCCACCACAGUUCACGACCGCGAACGACUCAGAACAUUUUGGCUUCGUGCAAGGAGUGGCAAACUUGAGCUGUUCAGUCGACGCAGAUCCGGCCGCUAAUUUCACGUGGUAUAAGGACGGCCAAGAGCUAAGAGCUAAGCUUAUUUUUGAGGAAAAAGAAUCAGAUGACUACAGUUGGCUUCUGAAAACCAGACAAACUCUAGACCGUGUCAGUAGCAUUGGACAUCGUCACAGCCGUGCUGCAGAACGUCCAAACGGGCCGUUAUUGCAGCUUCACCAGGUAGAACAACGGCACGACCGUUCUAAAGAACACCCAACGGAUGACCGUUAUACCGUACGGCAGGAUGGCGGUACUAGUUACCUACAGAUCAACAUCACCGACGAGUCAGUGUUCGGCCGUUACGAGUGUCGGGCAGCCAACGCGCUGGGCAGCGACAGCAGAACUUUCUCCCUUAAACGCGGCGUCCAGCCUCCUACACCUCACAUUGACACGUUGGCGGUAUACGAUCAGACGCUGGCGGUAUACGAUCAGACGCUGGCGGUAUACGAUCAGACGCUGGCGGUAUUCGAUCAGCUGCUGACGAUAUACAACCAGAUGUUGGCGGUUUACGAUAAGACGUUGACUAUCGUGUCUCAGGACAGCCACAACAUCGCGCUGUCUCUGCGUGUCGGGGACCAAGUCUCUGACGAGGGCCAGCACAUCACAGGCUAUGCGGUGCUUUAUAAGAAGGGUGGCGACAAAAGCAGCCUUAUGCAUCACUUCCAUAAAGACGGACCUUUCAUCCUGACCGACCUGCAGCCUGCUACCGUGUAUGUACUGCAGGCUGCCAGCCAAAACAUAGCCGGGAUGUCGCCAUAUUCAGAGCAGAUCGUGCGCCGAACAGACAACCUCACCACGGCCAGAGUUGCGGCCGGCAGUGCUGGCAGAGUGAGCCACAUGAUGAAGGGCAGUGCUGGCAGAGUGAGCCACAUGAUGAAGGGCAGUGCUGGCAGCUACAUGAUGAAGGGCAGUGCUGGCAGCUACAUGAUGAAGGGGCGCGUGGAUCAAAGCGGAAGAGUUCCCUCGUUGAUAAAUAAUCACUUCUAA